AUGCCGCUAUUUGAUCCUUCAACCAUCAAUGAAAUCUCAUUCUUGUUUCAGGUGACUAGAGGACUCAUUAGCAUGGCUUGGCUGUUUGUUGAAAGACUUCAAAAUCACCUUUGUCACAUGAAACGUCAAGCUACGACUGUCCUACUGGUUCAAAGGUUUGCGUGUCGACGCAACAUCGUGUAG